GAGUGUUGCACUUUAAAGGGUGGAGAGAUAGUCUGCAUGGCUCGAGUGUUACGUCGAAUAACAGUAUAGCUUCAACAUCACCACCAUAUCUCAUAUCACUACAAACAUGGCUGCAACUGCCGUAUCACAUCUCGGUCAGAGUGCAGUGGCAGGAUCAAGCGGUCCACCACCAACUCAAGGCGUCACAGCUCCUGCUUUGGGAAUUCAGAGUUUCUACCAAUCCAAAAUUCAACAAUAUGAAUUACUUAUCAACGAAAGAACGCAAAACGUACGUAGAUUGGAAGCACAAAGAAAUGCCCUUAACGCUCGUGUGAGAUUAUUACGGGAAGAGCUACAACUUCUGCAAGAACCUGGAAGUUAUGUCGGAGAAGUGGUAAAAGUGAUGGGAAGAAAGAAGGUCCUGGUGAAAGUACAACCAGAGGGAAAAUACAUGGUGGAAGUGGCAAACGAUAUAGAUAUUUCAGCUUUGACUCCCACUCUACGUGUUGCGCUACGUUCAGAUUCGUAUCAACUUCACAAGAUUUUACCCAACAAGGUUGAUCCUUUGGUCAGUUUGAUGUUGGUCGAAAAGGUUCCAGAUAGUACGUACGAGAUGGUGGGAGGAUUGGAUAAACAGAUCAAGGAAAUCAAAGAAGUCAUCGAGUUGCCCAUCAAGCAUCCCGAAUUGUUUGAAAGUCUCGGUAUCGCACAACCCAAAGGUGUUUUGUUGUAUGGACCUCCAGGAACGGGAAAAACCUUACUAGCGCGUGCAGUGGCCCAUCAUACUGAUUGUCGUUUCAUUCGAGUUUCCGGAUCGGAAUUGGUGCAAAAGUACAUUGGUGAGGGUAGUAGAAUGGUGCGUGAGUUGUUCGUCAUGGCUCGCGAACAUGCACCUUCAAUCAUCUUUAUGGACGAAAUCGAUAGUAUUGGUUCCUCUCGUGGAGAAGGGGGCAGUGGAAGUGGAGAUUCUGAAGUACAAAGGACCAUGUUGGAAUUGUUGAAUCAAUUGGACGGUUUCGAAGGAACAAAGAAUAUCAAGGUGAUUAUGGCCACCAAUCGUAUUGAUAUCUUGGACAGUGCUCUAUUACGACCUGGACGUAUCGAUCGUAAGAUUGAAUUCCCACCACCAGGACCUGAAGCCCGUGUUUCUAUCUUGCGCAUUCACUCUCGCAAGAUGAGCUUACAAAGAGGUAUUAAUUUGCGAGCAUUGGCUGAAAAGAUGGGCCAAUGUUCCGGUGCCGAAGUACGAGGUAUUUGUACAGAGGCAGGAAUGUAUGCUUUACGUGAAAGACGUCAACAUGUAAGUCAAGAAGACUUUGAAUUGGCUAUCAGCAAGGUUUUGCGUCGUCAACAAGAUGGAAGCACGUCUGUUAACAAACUUUUCACUUGAGGUGUAUCUCUGUCAUUUUGUAUGUAUACUCUUUUAGCAAUCUAUUCUGAUUUCUGUUACCAACUAC